AUGAUCUGUUCAGGGCCACAUUCAGCUGUUGGUUUCCCAACAGAAACAGGGGUAGCAAUAAUUUAUGCAAGCAAAGAAGUCCUUGCAACUGAUAAAAUCAGGCCAGCAAAAGCAAGCAAGUCCGCACCACGUGCAGAAGCCGAAAAAUGGGUACUAAACGGCAAAUACCCAGAACAAACUGUCACUUUGGGCCCAGCAAUGUUAGAUCUCACGCGCGCGGCACUUAAAAGGUUACUAUUUGAGAACAUGGACGUGUUCACCUGGACACCGGCUGAUAUGGUGGGUGUUCCACGACACAUAGCAGAACAUAGACUGAACGUUUCAGAGAAUGCCAAACCUGUAGUACAUACAAAGCGUCAUCUGGGAGACAUAAAGCACGAUACCACGCAAGAGCAAGUCACAGAGUUACUAAAUGCUGGUAUCAUCAGAGAAGUCCGCUAUCAAACCUGGGUGGCCAGCCCAGUAAUGGUCCAGAAAGGAAACGGCAGUUGGAGAAUGUGUGUGGAUUAUAAAGAUUUAAACAAAGCAUGCCCGCGUGACUGUUAUGCUUUACCAGACAUCGACGAGAAGAUCGAUUUGCUGGAAACAUUCAGGUGGAAAUGUUUCCUUGACUGCUAUAAAGGAUACCAUCAGGUGCAGAUGGCCAUCCAAGAUGAAGACAAAACUGCAUUUCGCACACCAACAGGGUUGUACUGCUAUACAAAAAUGCCCUUUGGUUUAAAAAAUGAAGGUGCAACUUACCAGAGACUGAUGAAUGAAACAUUCAGCGAUUCCAUUGGCAAGUACAUUGAAGUGUACAUGGAUGACCUGGUCAUCAUGAGCAAAGAAGAAAGUAUGAUGCUGGUAAAUAUUCAAAAAACAUUCGACACGUUGCGUGGAGUGAACAUCAAGCUAAAUCCAGCGAAGUGCUCCUUUGGUAUGGAGGAAGGAAAGUUCUUGGGUUUCAUUGUUACAAAAGAUGGGUUUAAAGUCAAUCCUGACAAAGUGCAAGCGAUCGAGCUGAUUCCUUCACCGUCGACAAUAAAGGAAAUGCAGAAGUUGGCCGGACGGUUAGCAGCACUCAACCGCUUCCUCGCCAAUCACGCAGCGAAGUCGUUUCCAUUCAUCAAAACACUCCGCAACUGUGUAAAGAAAAAUAAGUUCCAUUGGACUCCAGAAGCCGAGUAUGCAUUCCGAGAAAUGAAGUAUUGUCUCAUAAGAUUGCCAACGUUGACAGCACCAACGAAAGGAGAACCCCUAGUGAUGUACUUAUCAGCAUCAGAGAAAGCAAUAGGAGCAGUUUUGCUUAUAGACCGACAAGGCGUCCAAACACCAGUCUAUUAUGUGUCUCGCACUUUGAAUGACCCAGAAACACGGUAUUUCGCCAACCACGUUAUUCAUGUCUUAACAAAUUACAACAUUGGCAACAUCCUCGCAAGACCGGAGAUAUCAGGAAGGUUGGCAAAAUGGGCCAUAGAACUAGGAGGUCACAAUGUGGUUUUCAGGCCAAGACCAGCAAUCAAGGGUCAAGUAUUGGCCGACUUCCUAACAAAGGUACCAGAUGAAAAAGAUAGAGAGUGCAAGGCAAUGGAAAGAGUUGAAAGGCCACAUUCGGAAGAACCAUGGCUACUAUAUACAGAUGGCGCGUCUAACAAAGAUGGCGCAGGCGUAGGACUAAGGCUGGUAAGUCCAGAGAAACACGAAUUCACGUACCCCAUCCGAUUAAACUUCAAGAGCACGAAUAAUGAAGCCGAAUAUGAAGCCUUUCUUGCUGGUUUGAGGUUAGCAAUCAAGAUGGGAGUUAAACACAUCGAGGCGCAUGUGGACUCCAUGUUAGUAGCAGGGCAGAUCAAUGGCCAGUACGACGCCAAAAGGGAUGUGAUGGCGCUAUACUUAGACCAAGCAAAAACAUUGCUACAGAACUUCAAUUCCUACAAGGUGCACCAUAUCAACCGACGCGAGAACAAACCAGCGGAUGCACUAAGCAAACUCGCAUACACCAGUUUCCAGCACCUAGCCAAGGAUGUGCGCAUUGAAGUUCUAAGUAAUCCAUCAGUACCGCUAAGGCAAGUGAGUGUCAUUCAACUGGGAACGACAUCUUGGAUGACUCCGAUAAUUAUGUAUCUCCAGUCUGGAAUAUUACCGGAAAACAAAGCCGAAGCAAGGAAAGUACAGUACAAGUCCGAGCAUUACCAGAUGGUUGAUGGAAUUCUGUACCAAAAAUCUUACCUCGGGCCGUUAUUGAGAUGCGUCGACCCAGAAGAUGCAAACUACCUGAUCCGGGAAGUACAUGAGGGAAUUUGUGGCAUUCAUGCCGGCCCAAGAAUGGUAGUAGCGAAAGUGAUGAACGCCGGGUAUUACUGGCCUGGAAUGCACCUAGACGCGGUAAAGGUCUCGAGGAAAUGCAGCGGUUGUCAGAGACAUGCUCCGAAGACGAUGCGCCCCAAAAAUGAACUAGUCCUAGUAACAACGGCGUGGCCGUUUCAGCAAUGGGGGAUAGAUAUGGUGGAGGUAAAGGCGCUAGCAUCAACCACAUCUGCCGUAGUGCAAAGGUUCAUCUGGGAACAAAUAAUUUGUCGGUUCGGGCUGCCCCUAAGAAUCAUCACCGAUAACGGGACAAAUUUUGCUGCCGAUGAUCUCCAAAAUUGGUUCAAGGAGCUGCACAUAGAGCAUACCUUUUCCUCGGUUGCGCACCCGCAGGGAAACGGUCAGGUUGAAGCAGUGAACAAGAGUAUUGUGGACGGUAUCAAGGCACGGCUGGGGACACAACGAAGAGGUUGGGUAGACGAGUUACCCAGCAUAUUAUGGGCCCAUAGGACGAUGCCAAAGACAAGCAAUGGAGAAACACCGUUCAGUCUAGUCUAUGGGUCCGAAGCUGUGAUACCAGCAGAGAUUGGCCUGCCAUCUCCAAGAAUGCUCUCCAUGAACAUGAUCAACAACGAAGAAGAAAGAAGGCUGGAUCUAGACCUUCUAGAAGAGAGAAGGGAAAUGGCGGCAAUCAAUGAGGUGAAAUACAAGACCAAAUUGGAAAAGUACUACAACAGUAAGGUCCGAAUUUGCACGUUCAACCCCGGUGACUACGUCCUAAGGGACAAUGAGACGUCUAACGCCGAGAAACCGGGAAAAUUAGCCCCCAAGUGGGAGGGACCUUAUGUCGUAGAUGAAGUUCUUGGAAAGGGAGCGUACAAGCUACGCACACUUGAGAACAAAGAAGUCCCAAGAACUUGGAAUGCUCAGCAAUUAAGAAAAUGCUAUAUGUAG